AUGGAUAAUGUUGAAAAUAUUUGCAUUUUUGGAUACAAUAACUUUAUUGGACAACGCCUAGAAUUGGAAAUUAAAGAAAAUCAUCCUGCAAUUAAUAUUAAACUUUGGCAACCUAAUAAACCAUCUGAUGAAAAUAGUAAUUGUAAAGAAAAUUGUCAGUUGGUUUACAAUGUUGUUGAUUACAAAGAUUGGAGUAUCAAACCAAAUAAGAAAAUGUUAGAAUAUUUUAAUGAAACAAUUCCUGAAAUUUUAGCUAAUGAAUGUGAAAAUGUUGAAGGUAUAAGUAUUGUUCAUCUAUCGUCAACGUUAUCACAAGCCUCCUCUGUAUGGCCAACAUUAAUGGAAAAGGAGAAAAAUAUUGAUGAAUUAAAAUUAAAUAAUAUUCCUUUUAGAGAUUAUACUAUUUCAAAAAUUAAUGGUGAAAAAAAGAUUCUUAAUCAUUCUUCUUCAAUACCUGUACUUAUUUUAAGAUCACCACCAUGUUAUGGAGAAGGUGACACAUCAUCAGUCGUCAUUGACUCAAUAAAGAUUCUUAGAAAAUAUGGUUGUCUUCCAAAAAUGUCAAAGGAUAAUGGAAGUUUUGAAAUGUGUUACAUAGGAAAUAUAACAAAUGCCAUGGUUACUUGUGGUGAAGAAUUAUUAAAUGGUAACAUUGUAGGUGAGGUUGUCAUUCUUGGAGAUGAUACAUUAACAAAAAACAUCAGAGAAUCUGUCAUCGAUAAAGUUCUAGAAGAUGGUAACAAUGAAAUUCCUUCAAGUUCAUUACCACUAACUGGAUUGUUUUUUGUUAUUUCAUAUUUCUUGUUGGUUGUUUUUAUUCGACUACUAGGUUUGUCAAAUUUUUUCAAAAUGUUACCAGAUUACAAUUACUUUGUUCUUCAUUAUCGUAACUGGGUUGUUUAUGACAAAUAUAAACUUAUGUAUUUUAUUGGUUGGAAACCUAAAUAUUCAAGAGAAGAAGCUUUUAAACGUUCAUCUAUUUACUAUAAAAGUCUUUUUGAUAAUGAAAAUCUUCAUUUCUCGUGGAUACCAUAUAAAAAUUAA